AUGGCGACUGAGAUGCACUCCUUCUACACCCCUUCGGCACCGUCCCAUAUCUCUUCUCACUCGCCUCAGAUCGUGGACGAGCUUAUCAGCAAGUAUUCCUCCACAAUGUCGACGACCAGCAGUUCGCCAUCACCUCCCACCAGCCAGCGUCGCAGCCUUCUCAAGCGCGUUAUCGACCGCAUCCGUCUCGAAUACUACCGCUACGAGGUCACAUUCGGCGUCUACGUGAUGACCCCCGGCGAGAAAUUCGUUGCCAACACCUUCGUGAUCGUGUUCCUGUCCCUCCUCAUCUGGGCUUCGCUGCUCUACUUCCCACAGCUUCUCUACCAGAAGCUCAGACGCCUUAUAUGGCUUCUGACCGGCCACAGCGAGGAUGUGGGUGUCGUCUUUGACAUGUUUGACAAAGGAUUCCGAACGCAAUCGGCUGCGCUUUCGACGAGCACCUCUCUGGCUUCCUGA